AUGGUGGCUCAGCAUGGUCCAGAUGGGCAUACAGAGCAAGAAAUUUAUUACCUUAGUAAGAAGUUCACAGACUAUGAGACAAGGUACACAACCCUGGAGAAAACUUGUGCAUCUUUGGUUUGGGCAACAAGGAGGUUGAGACAUUACAUGUUGACCUAUUCAGUCUUUUUGGUAUCCAGAAUGGAUCCCAUCAAGUACCUUUUUGAGAAACCCAUGUUGACGGGGAUAUUAGCACAUUGGUUAUUGCUCUUAGCGAAGUUCGACAUUGUGUAUGUCACCCAGAAGUCCAUCAAGGGUAGUGUCAUCGCUGAACAUCUAUCCGCACAUCCAGUUGUUGAUACAAGGCCUUUGAAUGACAUAUUUCCAGAUGAAGGUGUAGUUUCUGUUGAGGUUGAAAAUGAGGUUGGCAUUUGGCAAAUGUUCUUUGAUGGAGCCGCCAACCACAAAGGUUGCGGAGCCAGAGUUCUACUUAUAACUCCUGAAGGGUUGAACAUGCCCAUGGCAUAUAGGUUGGACUUUGAGUGCACCAACAACAUGGCCGAGUAUGAAGCUUACCUCAUGGGAUUGAAAGCAGCCAUCUCUAUUGGGGUCAAAAGAUUGGAAGUAUACGGAGAUUCAUCGAUUUUCAUAUGCCAAGUCCAAGAAUUGCACACACUGAGUUCUCCGUGGCCUUUUUCCACUUGGGGUAUCGAUGUGAUCGGAAAAGUUGACCCCAAAGCUUCGAACGGGCAUGAGUUUGUGUUGGUAGCUAUUGAUUACUUCACCAAAUGGGUAGAGGCUCAGUUAUACGCAAAACUCACAGCGGCAAAGGUAGCCAAAUUUUUGCAAGAACAUAUCAUUUGCCGAUAUGGGAUGCCCCAUGAGGUGAUUUCUGACCAAGGUCAACAUUUUAGGGGCAAGGCACAGGAGUUGUGUGACCAAUUCAGGAUUGCAAGGCACAGGUCUUCUCCUUAUCGCCCUCAAACCAAUGGAGCAGUUGAAGCGACAAACAAAAACAUGAACGUCAUACUCCAGAAGAUGGCUGAUAGGAACAAUGAUUGGGCUGACAAAUUACCUUUUGCCUUAUGGGCUUAUCGGACUUCUAUUAGAACUCCAACUGGGGCAACUCCGUACUCUUUAGUAUAUGGGAUGGAAGCAGUCCUCUUGGUUGAGCUAGAGGUCCCCUCUCUUAGAAUCCUCAUAGAGAGUCAGAUUCCAGAAGCGGAUUGGCUCAAGUCAAGGUACGAGGAGUUGAACCUCAUUGAUGAAAAAAGGAUGAAGUCGCUUUUUAUUAUAUACUUUGACAUUUAUGGAAAGUUGAACUAA